GGGGCCCGGGUGGAGAACUGUCAAUGUGGGCGGAGUCUCCGUGUGUCCAGCGCUUGAGUGAGAGCCGCUAUAUGGCGUGUUGUUGAGGCUUAAAGCCUGAUACAGUGUAUCCAGCCGCGCUCAUUAACUAUCGUUUAUUCUACCUCAGACCGAAUUAUUUAUAACCUUAUUUCAUUGACUGAUUUUAGGAUUUUGAGCUAUAAAGUCGUAGUAAAACUUGUGCGCUUGUUUGCCCCGGUUACCCUUGCCCGACACGCCGCUGAUGAUGCACACCUCACAGAAGGACACCACUUACACCAAGAUCUUCGUCGGAGGUCUUCCGUAUCACACCACCGACUCAAGUCUCAGGAAAUACUUUGAAGUGUUUGGAGAAAUCGAGGAAGCUGUUGUCAUUACAGACAGACAAACGGGAAAAUCCAGAGGCUAUGGAUUUGUGACAAUGGCUGACCGUUCAGCAGCAGAGAGAGCGUGUAAAGACCCCAACCCUAUCAUAGAUGGCAGGAAAGCCAACGUGAAUCUGGCCUACCUAGGGGCCAAGCCACGGAUCAUGCAGCCUGGGUUUUCAUUUGGUGUCCCUCAGAUACACCCGACAUUCAUCCAGCGACCUUAUGGAGAUAGCGAAGAUGAGCAUUCCUCAUUGCUGUAUCCGCCACCCUUCCGCCAGGUUAUGAGGAUUCCUGCACAUUAUGUGUACCCGCAGGCGUUUGUGCAGCCCAGUGUUGUGAUCCCUCACAUGCAGCCUUCUGCCACUUCCGCUGCAGCCGCAGCGUCUCCGUACCUGGAUUACACCGGCGCCGCUUACGCGCAGUACUCCGCAGCUGCUGCAACGGCCGCGGCUGCAGCUUACGAGCAGUAUCCGUACGCCGCCUCCCCGGCCGCCACGGGUUACGUCACCACGGCCGGCUAUGGUUACAUGCAGCAGCCUCUCGCGUCGCCUGCGCCCGGAGCUGCGGCCGCAGCGGCGUUCAGCCAGUAUCAGCCACAGCAGCUCCAGACGGACCGCAUGCAGUGAUGCGCACAGGACGGAAGGAAAGCAUGACAAUAGCUGGUCGCUAGACCGUUAAGACUGUGUCCGCCAAACAAACUGAUAUCGUUUUUUAUUGUUUCGUUGUUAGCAUUAUUAUUGCUGUUAUCGUAAUUUUAUUUGUAGUAUUUAAUAUUUAUUAAGCAAGCUGUAGCGCAUCAAACAUGACGCAGUGGGUUAAGCUCAAUCGACGGCAUUUGUGACCAUGUUCACUGCCACAAAAAUGUAUUUUGACUAAUCCCUCCAUUUCUUAAAAUGUAACGUGUCAAAAUCUGGGUUGCAGAAUACAUUUGUGUUCUUUGGGUGAACUAUUGGUCUUAACAAUAAAGUCCCUACGGUCAAAUUGACCCAUUUUUAUGUUCAAUUUCAAAAGCUUGUAUUAAAGGCUCUGUUUGCUCUAUCUCUCUAAUUUUGGUCUUAAACCGUUCGUCUAAGUGCCAGCUAACAAUAGAAAAAAUAUUCUUUCCCUUUAUCACCUUCUAUUCCAAUCUACAGACCUGAAAGGCAGGGGACACCUCAAUGCAGCUUCAAAAUACUUUUCAAAAGCUUGUAUUAAUGGCUCUGUUUGCUCCAUCUCUACUUUUGGUCUUAAAUCGUUCAUCUAGGUGUUUCAUUAUCACCUUAUUUCACAAUAUAUAGAUCCUAACUCAACCCAUAGACAUUCAGUCUUUUUUUAGAUGCCUUUUAAUAGUCCAAAUGUUAUUAUAAGAACAUGAGUACAUACAUACAGACACCCACAAACACUCACUGACAACGGACACAAAUGCAAACCCAAAAA